GUGAGGGUGGGUCAAGGCCGGCCGAGUAGCACUUGUUCGCUGUUGCCCCAGAAGGCUAGAAGCCCAGGCGCCGACAGCGGGCAUGGCGACUUGGUCCCAGCCGGACUCGGGUUUCUCUGGAAACCCCCCUGGUAAGUGUGGAGGAGGCGGGACACUCUGACCCAAGACAAAAGGCCUGUAGCUCCAGCCAAAGAAAAUAAACCUUAGGGAGAAAGAAAAAAAAAAAAAAAAUCCAUCAGCUGUUCCUGAGAACAGCCUGCAGUGGAAUCCACAGAGAGGACAACUGACGUGAGUGAGGAAAUGACUGUAUGUGGACUGUGGAGACAGUAAGUCACGUGGGCCCUGAGGGCCUGGACUGGGUUAGCAACAGUUGUAUGUGCAGAGGUGAGGUAUCGAGAAGGGAAAAGUGAAUGUGGUCUGGAGUGUGGCCUUGGCUUCACAGGGCGUGCUUUCCUCUGAGGCCAUCCAGGAGCUCAGCCCCUGUGUUCUGCCAGGGUGGGAUACAGGGUUUGGCCCUGAGGAGGGUACCUUGCUGGCUGGAGCAGCAGAGCAGUGGCCUUGAUUUGUCUUUUGGAAGAUUUAAAAACCAAAAAGCAUAAACAUUCUGGUCCUUCAGCAAUGCUUUCUCUGAAGAAAUACUUAACGGAAGGACUCCUCCAGUUCACCAUUCUGCUGAGUUUGAUUGGGGUGCGGGUGGACGUGGAUACUUACCUGACCUCACAGCUCCCCCCGCUCCGGGAGAUCAUCCUGGGGCCCAGUUCUGCCUAUACUCAGACCCAGUUCCACAACCUGAGGAACACCUUGGAUGGCUAUGGUGUCCACCCCAAGAGCAUAGACCUGGACAAUUACUUCACUGCCCGGCGGCUCCUGAGUCAGGUGAGGGCCCUGGACAGGUUCCAGGUGCCCACCACUGAGGUAAACGCCUGGCUGGUCCACCGGGAUCCGGAGGGGUCUGUCUCUGGCAGCCAGCCCAGCUCAGGCCUUACCCUCGAGAGUUCCAGUGGCCUCCAAGAUGUGACAGGCCCGGACAACGGGGUGCGAGAAAGCGAAACGGAGCAGGGAUUCAGUGAAGAUUUGGAGGAUUUGGGAGCUGUAGCCCCUCCAGUCAGUGGAGACCUAACCAAAGAGGACAUAGAUCUGAUUGACAUCCUUUGGCGACAGGAUAUUGACCUGGGGGCUGGGCGUGAGAUUUUUGACUAUAGUCAUCGCCAGAAGGAGCAGGAUGUGGACAAGGACCUGCAAGAUGGAGCGGAGCAGGACGACACCUGGUCAGGCGAGGGUGCAGAAGCUCUGGCACGAAACCUGCUAGUGGAUGGAGAAACGGGGGAGAGCUUCCCUGCACAGGUGCCUGGUGGGGAGGACCAGACGGCCCUGUCCCUGGAAGAGUGCCUUAGGCUGCUGGAGGCCACCUGCCCCUUUGGGGAGAAUGCUGAGUUUCCAGCAGACAUUUCCAGCAUAACAGAAGCAGUGCCUAGCGAGAGCGAGCCCCCAGGCCUUCAGAACAACCUCUUGUCUCCUCUCCUGACGGGGACAGACUCGCCAUUUGAUUUGGAGCAGCAGUGGCAAGAUCUCAUGUCUAUUAUGGAAAUGCAGGCCAUGGAAGUGAACACUUCAACAAACGAGAUCCUGUACAGUGCCCCUCCUGGAGACCCCCUGAGCACCAACUACAGCCUUGCCCCCAACACUCCCAUCAAUCAGAAUGUCAGCCUGCAUCAGGCGUCCCUGGGGGGCUGCAGCCAGGACUUCUCACUCUUCAGUCCCGAGGUGGAGAGCCUGCCUGUGGCCAGCAGCUCCACGCUGCUCCCGCUGGUCCCCAGCAAUUCCACCAGCCUCAACUCCACCUUUGGCUCCACCAACCUGGCGGGGCUCUUCUUUCCACCCCAGCUCAACGGCACAGCCAACGACACAGCAGGCCCCGAGCUGCCUGACCCGCUGGGGGGCCUGUUAGACGAAGCCAUGCUGGACGAGAUCAGCCUGAUGGACCUGGCCAUCGAAGAGGGCUUUAACCCUGUGCAGGCCUCCCAGCUCGAGGAGGAGUUUGACUCUGACUCAGGCCUCUCCUUGGACUCCAGCCAUAGCCCUUCCUCCCUGAGCAGCUCAGAAGGCAGCUCCUCUUCCUCCUCCUCUUCCUCCUCCUCCUCCUCCUCUUCCUCCUCGUCCUCUUCCUCGUCCUCUUCUUCCGCUUCUUCCUCCUUUUCUGAGGAAGGUGCUGUUGGCUACAGCUCUGACUCUGAGACCCUGGAUCUGGAAGAGGCCGAGGGCGCCGUGGGUUACCAGCCUGAGUAUUCCAAGUUCUGCCGCAUGAGCUACCAGGAUCCGUCUCAGCUCUCCUGCCUGCCCUACUUGGAGCAUGUGGGCCACAACCACACGUACAACAUGGCGCCCAGCGCCCUCGACUCUGCCGACCUGCCGCCGCCCAGCGCCCUCAAGAAAGGCAGCAAGGAGAAACAGGCCGACUUCCUCGACAAGCAGAUGAGCCGUGAUGAGCAUCGAGCCAGAGCCAUGAAGAUCCCCUUCACCAACGACAAAAUCAUUAACCUGCCCGUGGAGGAGUUCAACGAGCUGCUGUCCAAGUACCAGCUGAGCGAGGCCCAGCUGAGCCUCAUCCGCGACAUCCGGCGCCGGGGCAAGAACAAGAUGGCCGCCCAGAACUGCCGCAAGCGCAAGCUGGACACCAUCCUGAACCUGGAGCGGGAUGUGGAGGACCUGCAGCGCGAUAAGGCUCGCCUGCUGCGGGAGAAGGUCGAGUUCCUCCGGUCCCUGCGGCAGAUGAAGCAGAAGGUCCAGAGCCUGUACCAGGAGGUGUUUGGGCGGCUGCGGGAUGAGAACGGGCGGCCCUAUUCGCCCAGUCAGUACGCACUCCAGUAUGCCGGGGACGGCAGUGUCCUCCUCAUUCCCCGCACCCUGGCUGACCAGCAGGCCCGGCGACAGGAGAGGAAGCCAAAGGACCGAAGAAAGUGAGCCCGGGAGGAGAGGGGGGUUGACGCUCACCGGGACGGAAACUGAAGGGCUGGGCCUGGGCCUGGACCUGGACCUACAGCGGGGACUUAAACGCCUUCUUAUCCAACAGAUCUUCUCAGACGGGAGAAACUGCGGGUCAGUGGACAGGAAGAGGAGGGCGCAGGCGCUGUCUGGCUCCGCUCCCCCCCGGUGGGGGUGGGGUGGGGCGGAGGGGGCCAGACCGUUUUGGGUGGACAGGGUCCUCCCCUGCUGUUUCCUUUGAGGGAGGGGGUGGUGCUGGCCUUGCUGCAGGCCGACCGAGGGGAAGAGGGAGGACCGUGAGAGGAAAGGUGUAGAAAGUCUCAUUCCUGGAAGGAAGGAGGGAUGGAAAGGGGUAAAAAACAAAAACAAAAACAAAAAACAACCCCAAAAAAAUCAAAGCGGGAAGAAAAUCAAAGGGCAGGUUAAAGGUCGGCUCUGGCCAGGAUUCCAGGCAGCGGGAUUUAGGUGGGACUAGGCCACAGGCACCAGUAAACCCUACUUCACCCCACGGGAGGGUGGAACACGAGGUGGGAUCUGGGAGGGGCUCUGUAGGCUCCUGCUGCUCCUGCCUUGGGGCAGCACUGAAGGGGAGCCUUGGAGGUCUCCUGGAAUGUUCUCAGUCGUCGGGGAGCCGCUGGGACCCAACACUGGCUUGGAGGGUUUGGGUCCAAGAGCAGGGCGAAUGGGAAAGGGUCACGAGGCCCCAGUGUCGCAGCAGCCCCAGCACCAAGCAUGUCACUCACUGCCCCGCCACUCCGUCUCACCCGGUGCCCAGUCCCCCCUGAGCUGAGGCGCCCCCAGUUUCCAUCAGAGCCUGCAUGCCAAUGCUGUUCUCUUGCCCCUCCCCGCCGCCUGGAGCUCUUAUGCAGCUGGGGUGCCGCCUCGAGGAGGGGGGAUGAUGUGGAGAAGCCAGGCAGCAUUCAGCACAACACUGGGGGGUGACCCUUCCCUCAGGUCUCCCCUGCCAACCACUGGGCAUGUCACUGGAAGACAAACCACAAAACCCAGCAACAAAAACUAGUCCUCUUAGAAUUUCUUGCGCUUUGAUUUUUUUAGGGCUUGAACCCUGUAUCACUUUAUAGGGUCUAGAAUGCUUGUGUUGAGUAAAAGGAGAUAACCCCAAUAUUCAAAGCUGCUAAAUGUUCUCUUUGCCAUAAAGACUCCGUGUAACUGUGUGAACACUUGGGAUUUUUCUCCUCUGUCCCGAGGUCUCCGUCUGCUUUUUUUUUUUGGGUUUCUUUCUAGAAUGAGAAGUGCAUGUAAUGGGGGCUGAGAGCACCUCCCCCUAGGCUCUCGGCCACGGGCUGCUUCUCCACACCCCCAUCUUAGCAAAGGCCCCAGGCAGGAGGACUGCCUGGGGGAGGCAGAGAGGGGAGCGCCAAGGUGGCCAGAUGGUUCCAGGACCACAGUGUCUUUAUUUUUAACUGUUUGCCACUGCUGCCCCCACCCCUGCCUGGCUCUGGAGUACAGUCAGCCCCAGGCGAGCAGGAGUGAGUUGUUGGGGGAGAAGUCCUGAUUCUCCUCCCCUCCCCGCUUGGCAGGGGUGAGGGGUGCACUCUAAAUGAGCAGUAGGGAUAGAAGGCACGAGCCUGGGAAGUGCUUUUAUAAAUUAUUUUCCUUGUAGAUUUUAUUUUUAAUUUAUCUCUGACCUGCCAGGGAGAGGGGAGAGAGAGAGAGAGAAAGAGAGAGAGAGAGAUGCUGUGAGCACAUGACAAAAUAAAAUAAAAUAAAAUGGAUGAUUCAUUCUCAAGUGCAAUUUUUCCCUACUUUGAAUAAAAAACCCUGACCCCAUGAGGGGAGGACUGGCCAUUGUGUGGCUAAGGCAGAGCUUACAGGGGAAGGUGGGUGGAGAACAGGGGAGGUUGACGAUGAGGAAUUUAGAAACACAAAAAGUCUUAGGUGGGUAUUAAAAAAACUCUUAAGUGGAUAUUAAACCUUCCAAGCAGGUGUUGGCACCUCUCCGCAGGGUUUGCCAAGCUGAAUCCUCUGGGGAAGGAUUCCGAGUCCUUUUGGCCGCUUUCUGCUGGGACUGGGCUAGGCAGGCGGAGGUGCUCUCACCUGGUCCAGCGGUGUGUUCGCCUGUGAAACGCCGCAUUUUUAAAUCUUGACCACGCUGUUGCUUCUCUGGUGGCCCCACCUGCCAGAGAGGCGCAGCGCAUCGGAGGGCGGUCACACCAAUGACAAUGAAAACCUGGGAGGUCGACGAGACCAGCACAUGCCAAGCGCUGGCGCUGGCGUGUGUCAGCAGGGCCACAGAACCGGGGAAGCAGGAGGCUAGACUCCAGGGGUUAAGGCAUCAGAAAGCCUCCCUGGCUGAGGUGAACAGACUCUGGUCUCUCUCAAAACACCUCCUUUAAUACCAAGCUUCCGGAAGAGCUGAAUGCCCCCAGGUACUUGGUGCUUGCUGGAACCGCCACCACAUCUUGGGGUAGGUGCUUAGCAGACGCUCACCUGGCAGCCUGUGAAAUUACUGGACGAGGCUUAGGACCAGAAGCUGUGAUCCCCAUAGUGGAACCUGUGACCUUGAACUCCAGUGUACCAUCCGGCUUAGAGCGGCAGUCCUUCCAUGAUGCUACUGGAGUAUCCCAAGGGGCGGGAUAGAAUUCUGGGAAUAACAUCAAUUUGUUUCAGUUUACAAUGGCUUUUUAAAACCGCCAUCUCUAGUUGGAAAGCGUUGGUCAUCUCAAACAAGAGCUCUUUCCUAGUCAGGAGUGAACUAAGGUCUGUAAGCCAUACAAAACCAGCAUUCUUAAAAAGAGAAGGACUAAACAUUAACAACUUUAAUUCGUGCUGGUAAAAAGUACAAAUUACGUAUAGAAGAGUAAAUCGUGAGAAGUAAAGCUCUGGAGAGGCCUGUUUUUGUAUCCCUUCUAGAAAUGUGUAUAUGCAUUUUUGUCUGUUUAAGGACACGAUCAGGUUGUAACUUUUACCUUGUUUUGCAACUUUUUUAACCUAACAUAUUUAAGUAUUUUUCGAGAGAAAAAUUCCUCUCACCCUGUUAGUGUUGCCCCUGGCCUGAGAAAGUAUAUUUUUGUCUCUCCUCCCCGCUGUCCCCUUACGGAGAGAUGCACAGUUAUGUCUAGGAUCCCGCUGAUUAGCUUGGCUUUGGGCCAAGUUGGUCAGCACUUGCUGUGGGGUUGACCUCUUUUUGCUGCUGGCAGGUGGAGUGGGUGCUCCGGCUUCAAGGCUUCUUCUGGCAGGAAGAUCUGAGGACUCAAGUAAGGCCUGUCAAAGAGCUGCUGCACCUCCGACAAGAAGUGAGAAGGGGUCUUAGACUUGGCAGGGAGAUGAACAGGCCUCAGAGUUAACUGAGGACCAAACUUCCGGGUGACCUGCUUGGGUGGGGGCAGAAGCCUGGCUUUACCUUGGCUUCAGCCUAGGUUCCAUUCAAAGAGAUUUUUUCCCCCACAUCCUAAUUCACGUAAGCACUGGGAAAUAGACCCAUUCAUUUCCAGCCUCUGCCCUGCACAGAUCUCACCAGUGGAGCUGGGGUCACUAUUUCAGGGUCAAUAAAAAUAGGAGAGAUCUAGAACUGAGGGGAAAUACAGUGAUCUAGAGAAGGUUCAGUGUCACCAAGACUUGGCCUCCAUGGCGGAAUCCCUGCCCUGACUAGGUAAAGCUGAAGAGCAACUAGUCAAACAGCCGGUGGACGGGAAGUACUUCCCCUGGAGCCCUGACUUCCUCGGGCAGCCCUCGGCCCUUUUACAAGCCCCAACUACACCAGGCCUUGCCGCUUCUUAGGUUUCUUUGGCAAAUAGCUGGAAAAACAAGUGCCUUACAGGAAAAUAACAUCCCCACCACCUUCAUUCACAUCUCCUACCUCACCCAGCAGGCAAUGACCUAGAGCUCCGGCUUCGGCUCCAACUAACCAGUUUCAUGGCAUGGCCAGCAAGAAGUUCACUUCCUUAUCAGCACUACCCACCUGCAAGCACAGGCACCAGAUUGCUGGCUGCCUCUCUGGAGGUCCUGUUCCCAACCAAGUGUAGAAAUUCUCUAGCAAAACCGACGUGCUUCAUUGUCAUGAGUGGUUAACCUUGUUUUCCUAUCGUCCAUCUGGGAUAAGAAAAGGAUGCAGACCUUCGGUUUGUCAAGGUAACAAGAACCUUUCUUUCACCUUUCACUUUUUUCUCAGAGGCCAGCGAUCCUCCUCGCCUCUAGUUCUGAACUUCGAAAUGCAGACGGAGCAUGUGGGGACUUGGGAUGCACAUGGAACUUAGCACCCGAUUUAAGUUUCGGUCCUUGCUAUGGCCAGGACUUUGAAGGUUCAGGUCAGCCUGACUCAGCUGAGAUACAGAAUUUAGUGCACAAAACUGUCUGGAGGAGUGAGUGUCUGGGCCCCCACUGAAGAGGUGUGUUCUCAAAAUCAGUUGGAUAGAAACCCUGUCUUCCUUUUUUGAGUACACAAACAUUGCAGAAACUCUUAAAGCUGGUUUCUUUUCCAGUCUAACUGCAGAAUGGAGAUGGGCCGCAUAGUAUUUAUUACUUAAUUCCAGACGCUCUUUCAACCAAGGAAAGAAAACCCAGUUGGGAGAGAGGCAGAGAAAAGGCCGAGGAGUUGGUGCUCCGCCUUUUGUUUUAAACACAGACUUAAUUAGGCUAAUUCAGUUGUCUUAAACCUUCCAAUCCUCAACUAGGGGCGCCAGCAGUAAUUUAAACAAUGGGCCAGUGUCCCACAGCUGGGCCCUAAAGUUGCCCAGUCUGACCUGAGGCUCUGCAAACAGGAAAUGGCAGGAUUGGUCAAAGUCAACUGCAAUUUUAAAUUCCUUGUGGGGUAAACAGUGGCUUUGGUACUAUCACAAACCAUCAAGCAAACCAACAGUGCAGAUCCAGACGUACUAUUGAAUAUGUUAACACAAACUAAUAUAAACAAAAAUUAUAGAACUGAACCAUCAGCAUCUAUUGUAAACUUAAUGUUUCAGCCUUGCCUCAGAGUCCUGCUGCCUCACUGGCCUAAGCAAAAGAAAAAAAAAAAAAAAAGAAAGAAAGAAAGAAAGAAAGAAAGAAAGAAAGAAAGAAAAAAGCCUUCAGAAACAAUACUUGCUCUACCUGCUUCCACAGAGCAGAGCCAGCUACACUUUUAAUUCUGGUGCAGGAUGGUUUUAUUUCAGAUUUCGUUGGCUUUCAAUAUCCAGCAGUGUACGGCAGCAGGAAGCUCCCAAGGCCAAGGUCAAUUAAAAGUCAUCCAUAGAAGAGAGAUCAGCAAUGGUGAACACAUUGGUUAAAACAGCAAUAACUUCAUAAGAAAACCUCUGUGCUGGAUAGUCGAGCCAAGGUGAUGCACAGAUCAUGGACCGAGGACUGUCAGGGGAAUCUUAAGCUCUGCUAUCAAGCUUCCUUAACCACACACCAGAACACCCGGAUGCCUCUACUUGAUUGCUUCCUACUGCCAAAAGGCAAGAUGAAGCCAAGACUCCUUCCUUUGCUGGCUUGGUAGUGGAAUUUGUGUUUCAGUCAAGUUCUAGAGGAGGGGAAACACCGAGCCUGACUUCAUUCAGUCCUGUCAGCUGUAAAUACUUUUU